CACUUUCAUCUCGUGCUCCGCAGUGAUACCACGAAGAGUUUUAUAAAAAAAAACAAAUAUAAAAAAAAUAUAUCACUCGGUAAAAAAAAAGUUAAUGGUGUGCUAUUAAGAGUGUAAAAGAUGAAGUGGUUAUUUUAUUUAAUAGUUCUGGUAUACAUGUUGUAUAGAGCAGUAUACGCAAAGGAAACAAAUCGCGUGACGGUGGAUAAGAUAGAUUACUAUCGGAAGUCGCCAUUUUGGAAAGCUGGCAGUCGCCAUUCCAUUAAUUGCAAAGGUUCGAGUAAAAGUCAAAAGAUUGAAUGGACAGACCCAGCUGGUAAAGCUAUAAAGCAGAUACCAUCAAAUAGAGUAUAUGCCUUGGAGCAUACGGUGCCGUCGCCUGCAGGUCGCAUUCCUGCUUCACUUUUACACUUCAAGUCCGUGACGUUGGACGAUACUGGAUUGUACACGUGUCGUUCUGGUGACUCUAGUGAUCACGCGGAAGUUUGUGUUAUUGAUCCUGUAGUGUUCAAGAAUAUACGAACUGAAGUGACGGCAGAUCUCGGUCGGUCUAUAACGUUAAAUUGUCACGCCAAAGGCAAUCCUGAACCCAGAAUUCAGUGGAAAAGAAAUGAUAAUCUUAUUAAUGAAGGAGAAGACGACACGAAAUAUAAAUUGAAUACGAAAUUCAGCAGCGAUGGAUUCGAGAGUUCACUCACUAUAUUCUCAUUGACGUCGGAAGACAGCGGAUUGUACUCGUGCGUCGCUAUACAAGAAAACACAGAACAGUGCAAACACUCAAAUUAUGUGAACACCACUCUAAACGUGAAUCAUGCUCCAAUUUUUGAAGACGGGAAUGAUACCGAGUUGGUUUAUGGUCGAUUCAAUCAGAGUAUUAACUUGGUUUGCUCCGCAAGAGGAUAUCCCGCUCCCACAUAUCGGUGGUUCUCAAAUAUUAACGAUAGUACCCUAAUCGAGUUUGACAAGAAACAAAUUGAAUUCAACCAAGAAGCCAACACUGCUAUAUUGACAGUCACGGUGAAUCAAACCGAAACCUUCAAAUGCUCAGCCAAAAACGAAUAUGGAGAAGCGGAAAAAGAUUUUAAAUUGGUGGAAACUACGACGAACCCCGCUGGCGGUUUUGAAAUUCAGUAUUUACAUGUGUCUGGAUUUAAAGAAGAGCCUAGUGAAAACGAUUGGAAAAAUGGAGAGCUUGUUACAAAAGAAUUUCCUAUCUCUGAUGACGAUCCUGAUUUUAAAGGGUCCAUAACCAAGUUGAGUGAAUUAGAAAAAAAUAUGAAUUACUGGGUUCGUAUUAGGGUUUCGAACAGUGCUGGUGUUUCUACGUGGUCUACACCCAUACAAAUUGGAGCUCUUACUGAAAACGAGGAUUUGCAGGAAGAACCACAAGAUGAAGAAAUUAGUACUGAAAGAUCAAAGAGUAUUGCUGUUGGAAAUAGUGAUGUGACAUUCUAUGGGAUCUUCUUUGCUGGAGGCAUUUUAGUCGUAGCUGCUGUCUGUAUGUUUGUCAUGAGGAUGGUUUAAGAGAUACUCUAAUACGUAUUCUAUUUAUAUUUAACCAUGAAACCUUUUAUUGUAUUUAUAUUUAUUUAUGUAUGUUUAUAUUUGCGGUAGGUUAUAUAUUCAUAUGUGGUAGAGAGACGAUUCCUUACACGACUACAUUUAAAAAUUAUAACCUAAAUCGUACGUAAGUACAGGUAUGUUCAUAUAAA